CUUAGAUCAAACCGCCAUAAAUGAUACAAGAGAUCGCCCUCAAAUCAAACGUGAAUAAUCCCUCUGUUUUUCCUCAACCGCCAAGAAAACCGCCCGCCACAGAAAUUCCAGCAUUAUGUCGCCGAUCGAUCAAUCUGGCCGACGGAGAAGAAGACCCACCACCGGCGGCAUCAUCAACAAAACCUGCUACGUAAUCGACAUCCUGCUCUCCAUGGACCCUCCACCGUUUCGACUUCUUCUCAUCCUCGCCGCCAUCAUCCUCUGCCUUCCAUUGCCCUGGCGCUCUUCCUCCUCAAACAGAGGGCCUGGACCGGCCGCCGCGACGACGACGGGGAUGGGUGGUUGGUUGCUUCCGGCUACCCCCAUUGCUCUGGUGUUCCUGCUCCAUUUGUUCUCCACGACGACGACGUAUUCGAUCGCCGCCGCCACGCGGAAAUCGUUGCUCCCGUGUUGGUUGUCUUCAGAAGGGAUUUCGCCGUGGGCGGUGGCGGUGUUGAUCCUUCAGUUGGUGCUCAUGGCGCAGUACCGCCCUUCUUUUCACCACCAUUGGCCCUUCAAUUAGCUGGCUAGGUUAGGGAUUCCCAUGGCUUUCUGUUUCUGUCUUGGUUUAGGGUAUAGGUAGGGUUCUUGUGCAGAUUGAGGCGAUUAAUUGACGUGACAGUCUGGGAAACAGCUCAUAGGAAAUUAGGAAUUGUAAGAACGUCUUAGACAAGUAGAAAAGGAGGUGUGUUUAUAAUUCUUUGUGCAGAUUCUUUCUUUAAUGUGUCGGAACUGGAACGUGAAUUAAAGCUAUAGGAAUUG